AUGCUCGACAUAAUAUCCCACGUCCCCGCGCACUUAACAAAAGCACUCUACAUCCCCAAAUAUGACGACACAACCUCCCAUUUCGCGAUCUACGACAUCUCAAAGGAAUAUUCCGAAAAAGUGGGUGUUCAUCCCAUGGGCUCGGAGAGUUACAAGGUGGAGCUAUGCCUUCUUCGAAAGCCUAGCGGCUAUCAUGUUGGUGAUAACGCUCGGUUCCUGGUAGACGUCGACGCUAGUGUUUCUAUUCAUGAGAGGGUUAUGGGCCGAGACCCUUUGGAUGCGGAGGUAUCAUCGCCGAUUGAGGGGGAUGGGAGUGCUACGUUGCAGGUACACUCGGGAGAUUCCUCUAGUGAACUCACGGCACGGGAAUGUUACCCUCUUCCUGAGAAGGAGACGAAAAAGAGAACCAUUCGAUAUCCAUACAUGAGUAUAGAUCGAGACUUUGGGGAUUUUUCCCGUCAUUGCGAUUGGCGAGUUCACCCAUCUGAGAAGGGACCUUUGCGCUAUGAAUUGGUGGAUAGGGGGCGACAAGGCGAUGACGACGGUUCGAUAUUAGCGAUUUAUCAUCACCAUGGCUUCGAGAGCGAGCUACCUACGUCUUACAGCCACGGAGUUCUCCUUCUUCCGGUUGACUCUACGCCAAUAUUUGACAUCACUGUUGUGUCGAGUCUUAUAGCUCUUUUAGCUACGAUUCGCAAGCAGCCAGCGGCGAGGAAACGAUCACGCUUUCGGUCCUUGAUGGCGUCUUUAUGA